AUGGAAAAAUAUAAAUUAAUAGAAAUAAUCGGCAAAGGUUCAUUUGGUGAAGUCCAAAAAGCCUAAAACAUAGAAACAGGCGAAAUAGUUGCCAUAAAGACUAUGAAAUAAAAAUACCAGACAUGGGAAGAAUGUAUGAAUUUGCGAGAACUAAAAUCUUUACGAAAGCUAAUCCAUAAAAAUGUUGUAAAACUAAAAGAAGUAAUAAGACAAAAUAACCAAUUAUCAUUUGUAUUCGAACAUGCAGACCUCGAUAUAUUUAAACUAUACGAAGAAUAGCGUAAAUCAGGAUAAAAACUACCCCAAAAUUAAAUUAAAUCUAUUAUUUAUUAAUUAACAUAAUCAAUAUACUAUAUACACAAACAUGGUUUUUUCCACCGCGAUUUAAAACCGGAAAAUAUACUAUAUAAUAAUAAAACAAAGUACGUUAAAUUAAUUGAUUUUGGCUUAGCUAGGGAAAUUAGGUCAAGACCACCUUAUACUGAUUAUGUAUCUACAAGGUGGUAUAGAGCUCCUGAACUAUUACUUAGGUCUACUAAUUAUAAUUCUCCAGUUGAUAUUUUUGCUCUAGGAUGUAUUAUGGCUGAACUAUUUAUGCUAAAGCCUUUAUUUAAUGGAUAAUCUGAAUAAGAUUAACUUGUCAAAAUUAGUUCUAUUUUAGGGACACCUUCUAAAUUAGAAUGGCCUGAAGGACAUAGAUUAGCAGCUUAAAAAGGUAUUAAUUUUCCUUAAUAUCCUUCUAUUCCAUUAAAUACUAUAAUAAAUAAUUGUCCAUAAUAAGCUAUUUAAUUAAUUUAAGAAUGUUUAAAAUGGGAUCCUUAAAAAAGACCUACUGCAUAAAAAAUAUUAUAACAUUCAUAUUUUUUCGACAUAGAGCAUAUACUUCCAGAAGACUAUUUUAAUGACGAAUAAUAAAAUAAAAACUAAAAUAAAAACAUUGAAGAUUAACAAAAAUAUGAUAAAAGUGAAGAUAUAACAAUUGAAAAAUAAAAAAAUUUGAAUUAAUAUUGUAUAUCGGAUAAUUAAUUAAACAAAAAAUUAAGAGUUAAUAUAGACAUUAAUUCAAAUUAAGAUAUUGAGUAGAAAUAAUAUAGAAAAGAAAGUAAUGAAUAU